GUGACACCGUGUUAUGGUUCCCCUCGUGUACAGACCAUAGAGUGUAUAUAAAGACGUUCACGUGAAGCGCGGUUAUCUCGUAAUUUCUUCAUAGUUCUUUAAACAUUUGUCCAGCAUGCAUUUAACACAGGCACUAGAGCUUUUCUCUGACCACAGAGUCACUCAAAUGCUUUUCAAAGAGGUCAGAAAUGCCGCAGAGUUGAGACAGUGUGCAGUGGAAGGUAAAAUAAAUGGUGCCUUGAUCAACCCAACGAUGCUGGUGAAUCCUUUCCAAGUGCUGGUAGCUGCCAACAAGGCUGUUCACUUACAGAAAAUUGGAAAAAUGAAGACAAGAAGUUUAUACUCAGAAAUAAUCUUCAACCUGUCACCUACUAAUAAUAUCUCCGAGGCGUUUAAGAGGUUUGGGAUCUCUGAUGGCGAUGACUCUGUCCUGGUGGUCCUGGUUCACAACAAAGAUGAGCCACAGCCUCUGUCAGACAUCACAGCCAGGGUGAACGGACGGCACGUUCCAGUGGAAGAUGUUUCCUCGCUGUCAGACCAUGCAAAAAUCAAAAAGCUGUAUAAAGUCACUCCCCAGGAGGAGAAGUGUGGCACUCUGCUGGAUGCAGUUGUAUGCAGGAUGGCCACCAAGGAUGUCAUGUAGCUACAACAGGAAAACGGAUCAGAACAGGACUUAAAAAAAACAUUAUAUAUGAAGAAAAUGGUUGCCUUUUUUCAUAUGACAUGUGGAUGUUCUGCUGUUGAUGUUCUUCCACCACACUGAAAAGUCCCAAACCUGUAAAUGUUGUCUUUUGGGCACACUCCAUGCAAACUCAAAUCAACGUUAACUACAGAAAGUCCCAUUUUAAUUACGCCAAGCUCAUGCUCCCAGCUGAAAAGAAAAUUUUUCACAUCUUUUCAUGGACUUUACCUCUUUUCUCCUGCUCACAUUUUUCCAUAUAAUCGUUAGACAGAUGUGGAAAAAGUUUGAGAGGCAGUUAGGGAACCCAUGCCACUUUAUUAAGCAUCAUCUUGAGUUCCCACAGCAACUUUUCACGCUUCUCAGUCUUUCCUUUGAACCUUUUCGGUGAGUUAUGUUUGUCUCUAAAAGUUGAAGGUUCUGGGUGUUUUUGACAGCAGGGGACAGUGAUGUAAAGUAAGUUGGUGAAUAAUGAAUCCAAAGUGCUCUGGGCCAAAUAUCAGCUGGAUCUCAAGAGGAUAAAAAAAACCCCCAUCUGCAUUCACAACACUGACAUGAAAGAUUUAGAGUCGGGCCGAAUUUCAGUCAAACCCCGUCAGCCUGAGAAGACAAGAAUAUUAAAUCUACUGGUUGUCUAAAA